AUGCUGAUUGCGAAAGAUUUAAAGGCCAUCGACAAGAAUUGGAAAGCCCUCCGACCUCGCGGUAAAUCCUCCCAAGUUGGUCCGGGCGUCGUCGUCAUGAAGUUCGGCGAGCAGUUGCGGUCAAGCAUCAUCCGAGAGUACCAGUGGUACUACAUCGACUACAAUGGCCUCAAGGGCGAGCUGAGAGAUGCCACGGGCCCUCUGGCCGUUAACGGCUCCGGCCAUAAGGAGUGGACCGAGGAUGACGAGACGCGCUUCGUGGGCAAGCUGGAGACGGAGCUUGAAAAGGUCCACACCAAGCAGCAGGUCAAGGCCAUGGAGAUUUCUCGCCGCAUUGCCGUCAGCGAGCGCGAAGUCAAGGACGUUGUCAACCGAUUGAACGAGCGCGGCCUCGGCGAAGAUGGCCCUAGCGAGGAGGAAUUCUUGCUGCUGGAGGAGGACCUGAGUGACAUCAUUGCCGACGUUCAUGACCUGGCCAAGUUUGUCCAGCUCAAUUACACCGGCUUUUACAAGAUCAUCAAGAAGCACGACGUGGGCGAACUCCUUCUUUGGUCUGCGUUUAAAUUGACCGGAUGGCACCUCCGUCCCGCGUUCGAUACCCGACUCAAGGCCAAGCCCUUCUACAAGGAAAACUACGACGCCUCCGUCAUCAAGCUGUCCAAGCUGUAUGAUCUUGUCCGAACACGAGGUAACCCAGUCAAGGGCGACAGCGCGGCCGGUGGCUCCCAGGCCAGCUUUAUCCGACAGACGACCAAAUACUGGGUGCAUCCCGACAAUGUGACGGAACUCAAGCUCAUUAUCCUCAAGCACCUGCCUGUCUUGGUUUUCAAUGCUAGCAAGGAAUUUGAGCAGCAGGACCAGGCCAUCACAUCCAUCUACUACGAUAAUCCCGAGAAAUGGGACCUCUACGAGGGCCGCCUGAAGAAGACCGAAGGUGCGGAGGCUAUUCGACUUCGAUGGUAUGGUGGCAUGAAGACUGAGACCAUCUUCGUCGAGCGCAAAACUCACCGAGAAGAUUGGACCGGAGAGAAGUCAGUCAAGGCUCGAUUUUCGAUUAAGGAGAAGAAUGUCAAUGCCUACAUGAAAGGCGAGCUGCUGCCUGCUGCUAUUUUCGAAAAGGCUCGCAAGGAGGGCAAGAAAUCGGAAAAGGCCAUUGCCGAGGACGAGAGACUUGCUGCGGAAAUCCAGUACUCUGUGCUGAGGCGCGGAUACAAGCCUGUCUGCCGCUCUUUCUACAACCGAACCGCUUUCCAGCUGCCUGCGGAUGCUCGUGUGCGAAUUUCUUUGGAUACCGAGCUGACCAUGGUUCGAGAGGAUAACCUGGAUGGCCGUGCUCGCUCUGGUGACAACUGGAGACGCAUGGACAUUGGAGUCGACUACCCCUUUUCGCAGCUGCCUCCUGAGGAUGUCGUGCGCUUCCCCUACGCCAUUCUUGAGGUGAAGCUCCAGACACAGGUUGGACAGGAGCCGCCGGAGUGGAUCAGACAGCUCAUCUCGUCUCAUCUGGUGGAGGCUGUCCCCAAGUUUUCCAAGUUCAUUCACGGCACUGCCUGCCUGUUCCCUAACCGUAUCAAGCUUCUUCCUUUCUGGAUGCCCCAGAUGGAUGUCGAUAUCCGCAAGCCCGUCACACAUGACUUUGGCAUCCGUCGACCUGAUAUUUCUGGAACGACGACAACAUCAGAUGACGAAGAAGAAGAGCUCGAUUCUGAUGAUGAAGAGUUGGAUGCUGUCCGUCGCGGUGCCGGUAACGGCGUAUCUAGCAGACACGGCGCCAGGCUUCGCGGCCCUGCUGCCGACAUGGAAGGCCAGACGGUUGAUUUGCCGACUGCAAACGACGACUACCCCAUCUAUGACUCUGACGAAGAGUACGACGAGAACUACGAGCUGGAAGAGGCCCGCAGAGUCGGUGGCUGGCACUACUACCAGGUCCUCUUCUCAACAAAGGCCAGUGCCGCUGCUUCGGGCGCUUGGAGCGUCUUGAAAUACGUCGUUCCGCACCCUCACGGAAGCGAGAUUCCUCGAUCCGACAGACUGACAACGCUCUUCCGCAACAGCGAGAUCCAAAACAAGAGGUUUAAAGCGCCUCCGGGCAAGAAGAUUUACGUUCCGGUUCGCGUAGAGCCCAAGGUGUAUUUUGCCGCCGAGAGGACGUUUCUUGGAUGGAUUGAGUACUCGAUUUACAUUGGAACGAUUGCCACUACUCUUCUCAACUUUGGAGAGCACCCUACCCCGACCGCGUUUUGGAUCGCUGGCAUCUUCACCUUUUUAGCCAUCUUUAGCCUUCUCUACUCCGUGGGCAUCUAUCUCUACCGAAGCCGAUCGAUUCGCAACCGCAAGGCUGCUCGCUACUACGACCGCUGGGGACCUAGUGUGCUCUGCGUUGCUCUGUUUGUGGCUGCCGGGUGCAACUUUGUGUAUGAAGGCCGAGAGAGAAAGUACUGGUAA